AUGGGAAAGAAGUUCGACACCCUCACGGAGAUCAUCCUCAUAGACUAUCGAUGGGUGUUCGUGUGCCUGUUCCUGCUGCCCAUCUCCUUCCUCUACAACUUCUUCUACUACCUCCGGAGUGAGAUCAUCUUCCGCCUGAGCAGCGCACCGACGGCGCACGGCGCCAAGGUGAGAUCCAUCCAGAGGCAGGUGAAGGAAUGGCGCGAGACGGGAAUGGCCACGAAGAUGUGCACCGCGCGCCCCGGAUGGCAGACCAUGAGCUUCCGCAAGCCCAUGUACAAGAAGAGCAUGUUCCAGGUGAAGUGCAACCUCGUGGACAUCCUCGAGGUGGACACCGCCAAGAGGACAGUGCGCGUGGAGCCUCUCGUGAACAUGAAGCAACUGUCUGAGACGCUGGGGAAGCUGGGCUGGACCAUUCCCAUUGUGCCCGAGCUGGAUGAUCUCACUGUCGGCGGAUUGGUGAUGGGAACCGGCGUCGAGUCCUCGUCCCACAUCUACGGACUGUUCCAGCACAUCUGCCUGUCCUACGAACUCGUCCUGGCCGACGGAAGCGUCACGAAGUGCUCCAAGGACGAGAACAGCGAUCUCUUCUACGCAAUUCCCUGGAGUUACGGCACUCUGGGACUCCUCACGGCCGUGGAGAUCAAGAUCAUUCCAUGCACGCGCUUCAUCAAACUGUGCUACGAACCUGUGAAGGGCUUGGAUGAAAUUGUUGAGACAUUCGACCGAGCGUCGAAGAACAAGGCGAAUCACUUCGUCGAGGGCUUGCAAUAUUCCUUGGAUGAGGGUGUGAUAAUGACUGGCGUCAUGGUGGAGGACGCCGAAGUGGAGGCGGGAAAGAUUAACGAGAUCGGAAAGUGGCACAAGCCGUGGUUCUUCAAGCACGUGGAGAAGAUCAUGAAGAAGGGUCGAACGACUGUUGAAUACAUCCCGAUUGUGGAUUACUACCAUCGCCACUCCAGAUCGCUGUUCUGGGAGCUGCAGGACAUCGUGCCGUUCGGCAACAACGUCUUCUUCCGCUUCUUCCUGGGCUGGCUGAUGCCAGUGAAGGUGUCUCUGCUGAAGCUGACACAGACGGAGGCCAUCAAGAAGCUGUACGAGAACAAUCACAUUAUCCAGGAUCUUCUGGUGCCGACGCGAACCAUGAAGGAGUGCAUUGAGUUCUUCCACGAGCACGUCAAGGUUUAUCCACUCUGGCUGUGCCCAUUCAAUCUGCCCAACGAUCCGGGAAUGGUGCAUCCCAAGGAGAAGGAGGAGAUGUACAUCGACAUUGGCGUCUAUGGCGUUCCGCACGUGAAUAAUUUCCAUCCCGUGAAAACCACCAGAGCCAUUGAGGAUCUCGUGGAAAAGUGCGACGGCUUCCAGAUGCUCUAUGCCGAUACAUUCCGGUCAAAGGAGGAAUUCUAUCGCAUGUUUGACCAUAAACUCUACAACAUCAUGCGAAAGAAAUUAACUUGCGAAUCCGCUUUUCCCGAAGUCUACGAAAAAGUGAAUAAAAAUGCCAGGGAUUGA